AGCCUCCAGUGGGCUUUGCGCGAGUGUCUCCCUACAUCCCCGCCACCCAGUCCGGGGGAGGACGUGAAGGGUCAGCGCUCUUCUCUCCCCUCUACGCUUGGGCGAAGAAGGGGACGGCGGCAGCUCCUCUGACUGCUGGGCUUAAGCUGCGGCUCCGGUGUGGUGGUGUCAGUGUCUUCCUCCUUCCCCCUCUGGGGCUACCUCUUAAGAAAAGAGGUGCCGGGGCUCAAGCCUGCCUGUGCUGGAAGCCCUUUACUUUCAUUCAUGCCGGGCGUGUGUGACGUCUUUCAUGGCGAGGCAAAGGAUCAGAGCUGAUGCACCUGACCAGAAUUUUAUUUAAACAAUGAGUGAACCAGAGUUGUUGCUGGACUCCAACAUUCGACUAUGGGUUGUGCUUCCCAUAGUCUUCAUAACUUUCUUUGUGGGAAUGAUUCGCCACUAUGUGUCCAUCCUGCUGCAGAGUGACAAAAAACUCACACAGGAGCAGGUGUCUGAUAGCCAAGUCCUAAUUCGAAGUAGAGUUCUCAGAGAAAAUGGAAAGUACAUUCCAAAGCAGUCUUUUCUGAUGAGGAAGUAUUUCUUCAAUAAUCCUGAUGAUGGAUUCUUUAAGAAGACUAAAAGGAAAGUUGUGCCUCCUUCCCCAAUGACAGAUCCUACCAUGCUAACUGAUAUGAUGAAGGGGAAUGUAACUAAUGUACUGCCCAUGAUUUUAAUUGGUGGCUGGAUCAACAUGACCUUCUCAGGUUUUGUCACAACAAAGGUCCCUUUUCCUUUGACACUGCGUUUUAAACCAAUGCUACAGCAAGGUAUUGAGUUGCUUACUUUGGAUGCAUCCUGGGUAAGCUCUGCUUCCUGGUAUUUUCUAAAUGUGUUUGGACUUCGAAGCAUUUAUACCCUCAUUCUUGGCCAAGAUAAUGCUGCAGAUCAAUCCAGAGUAAUGCAGGAGCAGAUGACAGGGGCAGCAAUGGCUAUGCCUGCAGAUACUAAUAAAGCUUUCAAGACAGAAUGGGAGGCUCUGGAAUUGACUGACCAUCAGUGGGCACUAGAAGAUGUUGAAGAAGAACUCAUGGCUAAAGACCUCCGCUUUGAAGGCAUGUUUAAAGAGGAACUGCAGACAUCAAUGUUCUGAAAUUCUUCAUACAGUGGCAUUAAAUUGGUUAUGUUUAAUAUAUACAGUGUAUUCUUACCAAUGGUCAGAAUAAACGUGAGAACUUCUCUGA